UUUUGUUUUGGAAGCUAAUUCAUUUGUUUUUUACAGAUGCCUGCACUGAUUUAAACUUCAAUUAUUUCACACAUUGUUAAAAGGUCUAAAAAACAAUGUGCACCAACUGACACCUCAGUGCCCUCAUCUGGAUCAACUGUAUGAAUGACCUUGCAUAACUUAAAUCGCAGGAAGAAAGAACACGUUUUUGUAGGCACUGACAAAUAGUUUCGUUUUUACUGGAUAAAGAUUAAGUCUAGUCUUAGACUACACAGCAUUAUGAAUGGGGAUUAUCUAUGGAAAGAGAAUUGUAGUUCAGGACUAGGCUUAAUCCCUGUCCAGGAAAUCAACCCUUAAUAUACCAGCCAGUAACUUCCGAUGAAGUCUCCUGUGCUUGGUAAUGUCAAUUUUUCAAGUCAGAGUUGGAGCCUUUUUAACAUCUAUCCACAGCAUUAUCUGACAUGGUGUGAAUAAAAUUCAAUCAACUGGUCAGGUCCUCAUUUUGACAAGUCCAGAGGCACUUUUUCAACAGUCAUCCUGAACAGCCUGUGAUAAUCGACUUUAAAGACGACCAAGAUUAUAAUCAUGGUGGCUUCAUAGAACGAUCCUGCAGUGCUCUUUGUCCGGUGGUGUUUGUUGUUGUCUGCCUAAUUUAUGAAAGGUUUUAAGUGGUGCUGAAGUUUUAAAAGUGUUUACCUGGCAUGUUUUUGUAUAGCCUCAAUUUCCAGCUUGAUCAGCUUGUACUCAUAAGCCCUAGCAGUUGUGUAUGUUAAUGGACUGAAUAGAGGCGGUGCUUAGAGCAAACAGUCUGGUGAGUGUACACCCACCCUGUUUCCCUUGUCCCAGUUCAGUACAACUAAAAUCAGACUUCAGUGAUGAGGUUUUCAGGGCUGUGUGAGCUGGAAGUAGUCUAGCUGUCAGUUUGCUACCAUGAUAUACAGACAUCUUCUCCCGUUGGUAGCUUUGCUAAUAAUCGGGUCUUAAAUAACUCUCAGUGGUAACAUACUGGUGGUUCCUGGUGAUUACAGCCACUGGUAACUGUUCUUAUCCACACAGUGUCAGCUUUGGUCAAGCACGUGCAAAAAGAGAACUUCAAAUACACUGUUUUUAAGAUCAUCAUGGAAAAACUAGAUACACAGACCGUGUGGCAGAACCUUACCAAUGCUUGGAUGAAUCAGAUUAUUGCCAGGAUUCAGAGUUUGUUGCUGUUUUUGAACAUGAUGUCUGAAGUUACCUCACAGCACCAAGGUCAUUUUGUUUUGGCACCUAAUUUGUUUGGUUUUUUUUACAAAUGUCUGCACUGAUUUAAACCUUAAUUAAUUCACAUGUUGUUAAAAGGUCUGAGAAACCAUGAGCACCGACUGACACCUCAGUGCCCCCUUGUGGAUCAAUUGUAUGAAUUUCCUUAAAUCGUGAAAAGAAAGAACACGUGUGUUUUUUGUUGGCAGUGACACAAAAUGUUUCGUUUUUACUGGACAAAGAUUAAAUCUCGUCUUACACUACACAACAUUGUGGAUGGAGAUUAUCUACUGAAAGAAAAAUGUAGUCCAGGACUAGGCUUAAUCCCUGUCUAGGAAAUCAACCCUUAAUAUACCAGUCAGUAACAUCAACUGGAGCCAGCUCCUGUGAUUGGUAAUGUCAGUUUUUCAAGUCUGUGUCAAAAUUGGAGGCUUUUUACAUCUAAUCACAGCGUUAUCUGGGGUGAACGAAAUUUGAUCAACUGGUCAGGUCCUCAUUUUGGCAAGUCCUGAGGCACCUUUCUCACAGUCAUCCUGAACAGCCUGUGAUAAUCAACUACAAAGACAAGCAAGAUUAUAAUCAUGGUGGCUUCAUAGAUUGACCCUACAGUGUCUAGUGACCUUUCUUUGUCCAGCGGUGCUUGUUCUUGUCUGCCUACUUUAAGUGGUGCUGGAGUUUUAAAAGUGUUUAUCUGGCAAGUUUUUAUAUUGCCUCAAUUUCCAGCUUGAUCAGCUUGUACCCAUAAACCCCACCAGUUGUGUAAGUUAGAGGCGGUGCAUAGAGCAAACAGUCUGGUGAAUGUACGCCCACCAUGUUUCCUUUUGUCCCAGUUCAGUAUUACUUUAAUCAAAGUUCAAGAAUGAGGUUGUCAGGGCUAUGUGAACUGGACGGUAGAGGCAACAAGUAGUCUAGCUGUCAAUUAGUUUACUACCAUGAUAUACAGACAUCUUCUCCCGUUGGUAGCUUUGAUACUGAGCGGGUCUAAAAUGACUCUCAGUGGUAACAUACUGGUUCUUCCUGGUGAAUACAGCCACUGGUACAACAUGCGCGUAAUCGUGGAUGAGCUGGUCGAUCAGUGUCACAGUGUGACUGUUCUUGUCCACAAUGCGCCAGCUUCAGCCAACUACUCGCAAAAGCAGAACUUCAAAUACAUUGUUUUAAAGAUCAACAUGGAAAAACUAGAUACAUAGACCGUGUGGCAGAAUCUUAACAGUGCUUGGAUGAAGCAGAUUAUUGCCAGGAUUAAGAGUUUGUUUUAUUGUUUGAUUGUCGAUGUCUGAUUUUGAGAGUUACCUCACAGCACCUAGGCUAUUUUGUUUUGGCACCUAAUUUGUUUGUUUUUUUACAAAUGUCUGCACUGAUUUAAACCUUAAUUAAUUCACGGGUUGUUAAAAGGUCUGAGAAACGAUGAGCACCAACUGACACCUCAGUGCCCAUCUGGAUCAACUGAAUGAAUUACCUUAAAUCGUGAAAAGAAAGAAUACAUGUGUUUUUGUUGGCAUUGAUCAAAAUGUUGUUUUUACUGAAUAGAGAUCAAGUCUAGUCUGAGACUACACAGCAUUGUGCAUGGGGAUUAUCUACUGAAAGAAAAAUGUAGUCCAGGACUAGGCUUAAUCCCUGUCCAGGAAAUCAACCUUUAAUAUACCAGCCAGUAUCUUCAGCUGAAGUCCAGCUCCUGAGCUUGAUAAUGUUAGUUUUUCAAGUCUAUGUCAAAGUUGGAGCCUUUUCACAUCUAAUUACAGUGUUAUCUUGCAUGAUGUGAACAAAAUUUGGUCAGCUGGUCAGGUUUGGUCAGGUCCUCAUUUUGACAAGUCCUGAGGCAGCUUUCCCCACAGUCAUCCUGAACAGCCUAUGACAACUUCAAAUACUUGCAAGAUUAUUGUCAUGGUGGCUUUAUAGAUUGAUCCUACAGUGUUCUUUGUCCAGCGGUGGUCGUUCUUUUCUGCUUGAUUUAUUGAAGGUGUUAAGUGGUGCUUAAAAGUGCAUAUCUGGCAAGUUUUUGUAUAGGCUAAAUUUCCAGGUAGGAGCAGUACAUUAUCACAAAAUGAUAAGCUCGUACUAAUAAGCCCCAGCAGUUGUUUAAGUUCAUGGACUUAUUAGGGGCGGUGCAUAGAGCAAACAGUCUGGUGAAUGUACACCCACCCUGUUUCCUAUCUCCCAGUUCAGUGUGACUUAAAUCAGAGUUCAAGGAUGAGGUUUUCAGGGGUGUGUGAGGUUCACAGCAGAGGCAACAAGUAGUCAAGCUGUCAGUUAGUUUGCAACUAUGAUAUACAGACAUCUUCUCCCGUUGGUAGCUUUGCUACUAAGCGGGUCUGAAGUGACUCUCAGUGGUAACAUACUGGUGGUUUCUGGUGAUUACAGCCACUGGCACAACAUGCGUGUAAUCGUGGAUGAGCUGGUCGCUCGGAAUCACAGUGUGACUGUUCUUGGGCACACAGCAUCACCUUCGAUAAAGUACUCGCAAAAGGAGAACUUCAAAUACGUUGUUUUUAAGAUCAACAUGGAACAACAAGAUGCACAGAACAUGUGGCAGAACUUCAUCAUUGCUUGGAUGAACGAGACUGUAACUGGGAUUCGGACUCUGAUGUUGUUUUGGAACAUGAUGUCUGAAUUUGACCGUUAUUUCGAGGCAGCAUGUGAAGGGAUGCUGCUUAAUCAAGAGCUCAUAGCUUCGCUUAGGGAAUCACACUUUGAUGUACUGCUGUAUGAUCCCAUCAUGCCAUGCAGUAAUCUGUUGGCAGAGACCCUCGGCUUGCCCCGGUUGGUGUCUAUUCGACUGUCUUUGGCGUACAGUAUGGAGAGACUGUGCGGUCAGUUGCCUGCACCACCAUCGUAUGUCCCCACUGUUGCAACCCAAGGACAUCUCACUGACCACAUGGAUUUCAUAGAGCGGUUAGAGAACAUGCUGUUGUACGUUGCUCACACAGCAAUUUUCAAACUGCAAAUGAUAUUCAUGUUUGAUAAGUAUUACACCAGAGUAAUGGGCAAACCCACAACGCUGUGUGACACUAUGGGAAAAGCAGACAUCUGGUUAAUCAGAACUUACUGGGACUUUGAGUAUCCACGACCGUUCCUGCCGAACUUUAAAUUUGUCGGGGGGCUGCACUGCAAGCCUGCAAAGCCGCUUCCAAAAGAGAUGGAGGAGUUUGUUCAGAGCUCAGGGGAUGAUGGAAUUGUGGUGUUUUCCCUGGGCUCCAUGGUGAAGAACCUCACCAAAGAGAGAGCCAACACCAUCGCUUCAGCGCUCGGGCAGAUCCCACAGAAGGUCUUGUGGCGGUAUACGGGAGAUAAACCAGACACUCUUGCUCCAAACACAAGACUCUAUGACUGGAUUCCCCAGAAUGAUUUACUAGGACAUCCUAAAACCAAGGCCUUCAUCACUCAUGGUGGGACGAAUGGACUUUAUGAAGCUAUUUAUCAUGGUGUCCCAAUGGUGGGCAUUCCACUCUUUGCCGACCAGCCAGAUAAUCUGCUUCACAUGAAAACCAAAGGAGCAGCUGUUAUGCUUGAAUUCAACAAACUAGAGACCAAAGACCUGAAGGACGCUCUCACUGAAGUUAUUAACAAUCCAUCGUACAAAGAGAGCAUCAUGAGGCUUUCCCGAAUCCACCAUGAUCAGCCGAUGAAGCCGCUGGACCAGGCUGUCUUCUGGAUCGAGUUUGUCAUGCGCAACAAGGGGGCCAAGCACCUGAGGGUGGCAGCCCAUGACCUCACUUGGUACCAGUACCACUGCCUGGACGUCGCUGCCUUUUUGCUGUCCAUAGUCGCUCUGGUCACGUUCAUCUUUGUGAAAUCGUGUGCUUGGCUCUUCCGUAAAUGUUGCAGAAGGACCUCAGCAAAGAGCAAAAAAGAGUGAAGAACUGAAUGAACAUCACUGUGUUAAUGACUACUGUGAUAUUUUUACAUGGUUUUAAAGUCUAAUGUGCUGUAUUGUACUGUAAAUGUACAGCAUACAUUCCUCAGGGUUUUCACUGUUUGUAGCAGUGUGGGCCAGUGAACUUAAAUCCUAGAUUCUCAGCGAUUCUAACACAGUGUAAAGUAAUUACUUGUUUUAUAAAUCAUUUUCACUGUUCUCGACAACAGUCAAAGGGAUUUUAUCCAUAUCUUGUACAGUGUUUUGUUUUGAAUAAAAAUGAAAUUUUGAUUAUAUAAAUGUCAAAUGAACUUAUUUUUUAGAUUCUAUAUAUAGAUAUACUGAAUUAUAAUGUGAUUUUCCUGGAUAGUUGAAACUUGAACUUGACAGUGAACCUAAAAACUGACAAAAUAGAACAAAAUAUGACCAGUCACUUUGUAAGUGUGAGGAAUAGUAGAAGUAGAAGAAUCAUAAAGAAAUUUAAGCCUAAUAAAUGACUAACGAAUAAGAAUAAUAAGAAAAAUCUGUAUAAAUGAUGUUUUUCUCUAAAAUAACUGAUGUUUACAUGUAGGUUUGGUGUCUCAGUCAAUGAUUAAGCAUAAUUUUGGAAUACAUUUUUCUUUCAAUAGAGAAUCUCCAUCCAGUGGAGGCUAACCUAGUGGCCAUUCCACUGGUGGAAUGGAAAUUGACUGUUUCAAAUCAUUUUGAUCAAAUAAGAUGUUUUCUGUAACUCUGUUAUCAGAUAGAAAUAAAUAUGACACUGUUGGCUCUGUGUGUGAAAUGUUGGGAAUCUUGUAUUGAGCUGCUAGCGAGCAAUGAGGGGUGAACUGGGGAGGACCCUCUGCUGGGAAAACAGUUCACAUCUCUCCACAAAGACGGCCAUACUGAGAUAAAUGGACAACUGUAGCUUUCUUCAUAUCAAACAACUGUGUACAACUGUGUGAUGAUGACUGCUCCCAAGCCAUCAUCACCAGACUAAUCAUGUCAUGCUAUGUCGAAACCCCUCAAAGAAAAGCUGAGCAUUCAGCUGACGUUGAAAUGACUGUGAAUAAAGUUACAAACAAAAUGUUAAAAUGCAUUCACACAUACUUUCACUUUCAACAACAAAUCUAGCUAUAGAGAUGUGCUGUAUAUGUACAUCUUCCACUGUAAUUAAAGAAAUAUAAGGGAAGGUUUUAAAGAAAUUGUACACUUACAUUCAGAAUUCCCAAGGAAGAAAUUUAAAUGGGCACAGGUGGGAUGAGCACCGUUCUAUGAAGCAGGAGUAGAAACCGGGGUUUGGGCCGGGGGGGGGGUUGUUCUGUUUACCCACAUCUCCUCCAAACAAAGAAUGUUAUAGCUGAAUAUACAGAAAUACCCAGGUUAUUGACCACAAGCUCAAGGGGUAAAUAACUUUUAAGUUAAAGGUGGCUUUGAGCCUCUUUAUUUUGUAGAUUUCAUUUCAUUGUUCUUUUUCUGUUUGUGUUCUCAUCACUUGUAAAUAUUGAACAUGUUUUGGUGCUUUCUUGGAAUUUAAUAAAGGCAUGGCCAUUGGAAUGGAA